AUGAGAGUCACCAUAAAGGAAUGGAAUGCCGUAGCUACUUGGCGUUGGGACAUCCCCGAAGACGACGUGUGUGGCAUUUGUCAGGUUCAUUUUGACGGCACUUGCCCAACAUGCAAAUACCCCGGCGAUGACUGCAGCCUGUUGUCUGGUAAAUGUGGCCACAAUUUCCACAUGCACUGCAUAAUGGAAUGGAUCAAGCAAGAAUCUGCUCGUGGGCAAUGCCCCAUGUGUCGGCAAACUUUUGAGUGGACUGACCAGGCCAACGACAGCACCUCACAAGGGGAAUAA